AUGGAUAUGGAUGAGAUUUUAGAUUUUGGGGAGGAUGCUGUCACAGAUGUUGACUCAAAGCUGAAGAUCUUGAAAUUUGAAUAUAGUUGGGCUGAUGCCGUUGAAGAGCAUGAGAGACUAAUGGAGGCGCAAAAGCAGAAAGAAGAAAUGGAAAGAAUGCUAAAUAAAGAGAUUACAGGAGAAGAAACUGGAAACAAAAACAUUGACAAGAGCAGAGAAGAAACAGUUCUCAAUUUUGGAGAUGAACCGGUUAGAGAUUGGAGAACAAAGCUCCAGAUUUUAAAAUUCGACUACUCCUGGGCAGAGAGGGUAGAAGAGGAGGAGAAGAAAAGAAAUGAGGGAGCAAAUGUUGUAGAGCAGAGUUUUAACUUGGAGAAAAACCGACUUGAUCAGACUCGUAGAAGUAGAAAGCAGAUAAAUAACUUCAGUGAAAGAAGACACGAAACAAAGAGGCUUGCAAACACUGCAGCAAAAAGAAGAAACUAUCCUCGGAAAAUAAAACAAGAGGCUGUCAAACCAACAUCAAAAGAACAAAAAAAUAAUGUGCAAAAAUAUAACAAGAAAGAACUUCCUAAUGAGGGCCAACAGAAUAUAAAACCUGAAAUUGUCACGAAGGACAAGAAUUCAGAAGAACUGGAGUUAGCACAUGUACAGGUUGUUACAAAGAACAAGAAUUCAGAAGAGCUGGAGAUAGCACAUGUACAAGUUGUCACCAGAGGAGAGAAUUCAGAAAAGUUGGAGAUAGCACAUGCACAAGUUGUCACGGAGGAAAAACAUUCAGUAGAGCUGCAGUUACCACAUGCUCAAAUUGUCAUGGAGGAAAGACAUUCAGAAAAGCUUCAGCUAGCACAUGCACAAGUUUUCACGAAGAAAAGACAUUUAGAAGAGCUGGAGUUAGCACCUGCACCAACUGUCAUUGAGGAAAAACAUUCAGAAGAGCUGAAGUUAUCACCUGCACAAGUUUUCAUGGAGGAAAAACAUUCAGAAGAGCUGGAGUUAGCACCUGCAGAAGUUGUCAUGGAGGAAAAACAUUCAGAAGAGCUGGAGUUAGCACCUGCAGAAGUUGUCAUGGAGGAAAAUCAUUCAGAAGAGCUGGAGUUAGUACCUGCACAAGUUGUCACAGAGGAAAAACAUUCAGAAGAGCUGGAGUUAGCACCUGCACAAGUUUUCAUGGAGGAAAAACAUUCAGAAGAGCUGGAGUUAGCACAUGCACAAGUUGUCACAGAGGAAAGACAAUCAGAAGAGCUGGAGUUAGCACAUGCACAAAUUGUCAGGGAGGAAAAACAUUCAGAAGAGCCAAAGUUAGCACAUGCACAAGUUGUCACGGAGGAAAGACAUUCAAAAGAGCUGGCCUUAGCACCUGCACAAAUUUUAAUGGAGGAAAAACAUUCAGAAGAGCUGGAGUUAGCACCUGCACAAAUUUUCAUGGAGGAAAGACAUUCAGAAGAGCUGGAGUUAGCACAAGUUGACACAGAGGAAAAACAUUCAGAAGAGCUGGAGUUAGCACCUGCAAAAGUUGUCAGGGAGGAAAAACAUUCAGAAGAGAAGGAGGUAGGACAUGCACAAGUUUUCAUGGAGGAAAAACAUUCAGAAGAGCUGAAGUUAGCACAUGCACAAGUUGUCACAGAGGAAAGACAAUCAGAAGAGCUGGAGAUAGCACAUGCACAAAUUGUCAGGGAGGAAAAACAUUCAGAAGAGCUGAAGUUAGCACAUGCACAAGUUGUCACGGAGAAAAGACAUUCAAAAGAGCUGGCGUUAGCACCUGCACAAAUUUUCAUGGAGGAAAGACAUUCAGAAGAGCUGGAGUUAGCACAUGCACAAGUUGUCACAGAGGAAAAACAUUCAGAAGAGCUGGAGUUAGUACCUGCACAAGUUGUCAGGGAGGAAAAACAUUCAGAAGAGCUGAAGGUAGCACAUGCACAAGUUGUCACAGAGGAAAAACAUUCAGAAGAGCUGGAGUUAGCAGAUGCACAAGUUGUCAUAAAGGAAAAACAUUCAGAAGAGCUUGAGUUAACAAUCACCCAGAAAAUGAGACUCUAUCCAUACAUGAAGCAGAGAAUAAUAAGGUAG